CUACCCUCUCCCUAUUACCAUAUACGUAGUAUAUCCGUGUGAAGUUGACAAUUUUUCUGGACUUGGUUCAUAUCCUACUCAUACAGUCAUACUAUUGUAUUAGCUAAAGGUAAUUAGUUAUGGCUUCUGCGAUGAGGUUGAAAUUGUGCAGUGAGAAAGCUUCUGCACCUGCUUCUUACAUCAGAAACUGCAUCAUCAACAAUAUGCAAGGUGGGCGCUUUUUUACUUUAGGACGGGAUUCAAGUACGAAUUCGAAGAACUACUUCACACACCCCCGCCACAGUUUCGAAUUGUCCAAGCCAGUAUGGGCUCGCCGAGAAUUCGUUGACAGAGGGUAUGAUAAUUCAAGAAAUCUUUCUCAUUUGAGGAAAAUUGACAAUUCUAGCUCUUAUGGGGAUCCACCGGAAAUUUGGCAGCCUCCCGGAGAUGGGAUUGUUGUCCGACCGGGUGUCAAGUUUGUUCAGGCGGGCGAAGUGGAAGGUUCGGGUUCAGGCACUGGUGGGGGGUUCAUGCCAGGUUCUAAAGAUGGGCGUUGGGGAGGGUCCAAUUUAGGCUCGAGUUUCCCAACACCCAAGGAAAUUUGCAAAGGGCUCGAUAAAUUUGUCAUUGGCCAGGAGAAGGCUAAGAAGGUCCUCGCUGUUGCUGUAUAUAAUCAUUAUAAGAGAAUCUACAAUGACUUUGCUGAGAAGUGGGACCCUGAAAAAAAUGUCAGUGACAUGUCGAAGGAAAAUGAAGAAGAGGUUGUAGAGCUGGAGAAGAGUAAUAUUCUUUUAAUGGGUCCAACAGGCUCAGGACAGGAAAAACUUUACUAGCCAAGACCUUGGCACGAUUGGUUAAUGUUCCCUUCGCGAUAGCAGAUGCGACUACACUUACACAGGCAAGGUAUGUUGGGGAAGACGUAGAAUCCAUUCUAUAUAAACUUCUCACGGUUGCUGACUAUAAUGUGCAAGCUGCUCAGCAGGGAAUAAUAUAUAUUGAUGAAGUUGAUAAAAUAACAAAGAGGGCUGAGAGUCUUAACAUCAGUCGAGAUGUUUCAGGGGAGGGUGUCCAGCAAGCAUUAUUAAAAAUGCUUGAAGGAACAAUUGUAAAUGUACCUGAAAAGGGAGCUCGGAAGCACCCUCGCGGUGAUAACAUCCAGAUCGACACAAAGGACAUCCUCUUUAUAUGUGGUGGUGCCUUUGUUGACUUAGAGAAGACAAUCUCAGAAAGACGUCAAGAUUCCUCCAUUGGCUUUGGGGCACCAGUACGCGCAAACAUGAGGACAGGCAGUUUAACAAGUGCUUCAGUGACCUCAUCUUUAUUGGACUCUGUUGAAAGUAGUGAUUUGAUUUCAUAUGGUUUGAUACCGGAGUUUGUUGGACGGUUUCCUAUUCUUGUUAAUUUAUCCGCUCUUACUGAGAAUCAACUUGUACAGGUUCUAACAGAGCCAAAAAAUGCACUGGGGAAGCAAUACAAAAAAAUGUUCCUAAUGAAUAAUGUAAAACUGCAUUUCACUGAAGAAGCUUUGAGAUCAAUUGCUAGAAAAGCAAUAACUAAGAAUACAGGUGCUCGUGGAUUGAGAUCCAUAUUGGAGAGUAUUUUGAUGGAUGCUAUGUAUGAGAUCCCUGAUGCUAGGACUGGUGAUGAUGUCAUUGAUGCGGUUAUAGUUGAGGAUGAGGCUGUAGGGCACGAGGGGGUUGGAUUUGGGACUAAAAUCCUUUAUGGUAAGGGAGCAUUGGAUUGCCAUCUCUCACAAAAUAAACAAAAGGAGACCAAGCUGCAGAAAAUUGUGGACAGCCCCGAUGCAGAUAUCGUAGCAGCAGAACAAGAUCUUCCAUCUAUAGUUGCUUUAUAGAUGAAUAUACACAUUUUGAGGUCUCAUCUAUGUACAUAAUCUGAUACCCAAAUGCCAAAACAUAUGCUAACUUAAUGCCCGAUUAUAUGUUGUGGUUUAGUGUUGUUUUCUCCCCUUUUAUGUGUUUUUGUUCAUUUAUAUAAAUAAGUCAUUUUUUGGGACCAAGGUUUAGAUGUUGUUGUAUAUGAUAAGUCCUCUACUGCCCUACUUUUACUCUGCUCUAUUUGUCGAAUUAGUCAAAAGAAUAUACUAUCCUAACUUCGUAAGAGGGGAACGCUCGGGUUUAGUCCUGAACUUUUUAAUGGUGUACAUAGACUACGAAUUCCA